CGUCAACGCCUGCGUAGACGUGGUUCUGUCUGGUGUGAAGCUGCUGGAGGCGCUCGGUCUUGAACCCGGCGAUGGGAAAAAUCACAUGGUCUUGAGCUCUGGACAGGACCUGAAAGAAGCGUUUGCUUACUUCAUGGAAAAAGGGGCGGCUGCCGAGCGCUUCUUCAGCGAUGCCGAAUCUUUCCAUCACAUCGCGCGGACAGCCUCCGAGUACCCUGGUGCGCAGCUUUACGUCGGAGGAAACGCUGCUCUCAUUGGUCAGAAGCUUGCAACAAAUCCAGACCUGAAGGUCCUGCUUUGUGGCCCAGUUGGUCCCAAACUCCACGAACUACUUGAUGACGAUGUGGUUGUGCCACCUGAAUCCAUGCAGGAAAGAGAUGAAUUCCAUCUUAUCUUGGAGUACCAAGCAGGUGAAGAGUGGGGACAAGUGAGAGCACCCAAUGCCAACCGCUUCAUCUUCUCCCAUGACCUAUCAAACGGCGCCUUAAAUAUGCUGGAAGUGUUUGUGUCCAGCUUGGAUGAAUUCCAGCCAGAUCUCGUGGUGCUUUCCGGACUUCACAUGAUGGAAGGCCAGAGCAAGGAGAUGCGGCAGAGACGACUUAUGGAGGCUGUGGCCUCCAUCUCCGAUAUCCCUACAGACAUUCCCAUACACCUGGAGCUGGCCAGUAUGACUGAUCAGGAUUUUAUGAGCAACAUUAUGCAUCAGCAGGUCCUUCCCCUGGUGAACUCCAUUGGGCUGAACGAACAGGAGCUGCUGUUCCUCACGCAGUCUGCCUCCGGUCCUCACGCCUCCCUCGCCUCCUGGAGCGGAGUGCCCGACGUGGGCGUCGUCAGCGACAUCCUCUUCUGGAUCCUGAAGGAGCAUGGGAAGGCAGCGGAGCGGGCCUCCGAUCUCACGCGGAUCCACUUCCACACCCUGGCCUAUCACAUCCUUGUCACAGUGGAUGGGCACUGGGGUGCGGUGGCUGCCGGAGCCAGAGCAGCGGGGACGCAGGCCUGUGCCACCGAAACCAUCGACACCAGCAAAGUCUUUCUUAAAGCUCCUUUGGAGUUUGUGACCUCCCAGACAGACACACCUUCCAAAAUCUCUUUAAAUCCAGAUGAGCCAGUGGUGCAUUGGCACAGAGAAGGCAUCUCAUUCCAUUUCACUCCGGUUUUGGUGUGUAAAGAUCCUGUCCGGACCGUGGGACUUGGGGACGCUAUUUCAGCGGAAGGACUGCUCUACUCGGAAGCAUAUCCUCAAUAG